GGCGUUGCCCGGAAGACAGCGGCCCGGCUGCUGGGGCCGUGAGACUCCCAGGCCUUGGGGGCGGGGGCGUUUCAGCCCUCCACCACGUCGUGACCCCCGCCUGGACCAGCACGAAGUACAUGCAGAGCUGAGUCUGUCGCAGUGUGGUGGUGGUCUGCCAUGCCGCCCAGCCUUUCAGAAGAACAAGAAGCGGCCCAGACGGCCAGGGCUGCCACGGCACACGUCUCUGAGGAGACUUUGAAGUCCUUGACCGAUGAGGUACGGAGUUCCCUUUCUUUCAGCUCCUCUGACGGAGAGCAGCCCAGGCCCAGUGCCUCAGGGAGCGAACGAGGGAGUAGGAAGCCUACUCCAAGGUUGGAAGAACAAGAUAAGCGAUCUGAGAUUUGGGGCUUCAAGCACAGUGAAAAUGGGCUGUGUGAAAAGUGGAUCAGCCACCUCCAGGGCAAAGGACUUAACCCUGGACGGGACCAACCAGACGCCCGACUUAAGACAGAAGACGCUUGGGUGCCCGAAGAAGAACUGAAUACCCUUCAGACUUUUUGCAGCGUGAAGAUAAACUUGAUCCACCAUCGAGUGUCUUCCAAGGAGAAGAAGAGCCGCAGACGUAAAAGGCUGCGGGUUCCACUGGAUGGAGAGGCCUCACAUUGCCCUGUCCCUGCUGAACUUUUAAACAGAAUCUAUUUUAAAAAUAUGAGGAUGGCAGUAGAACAGGUGGCAGCAGCUAAGGAACACAUUUCUUCUCAAUGUCCAGACUGUAAUCGGAAAAGGGCAGAGCUGGCCCAGGCGGCCUUCCUGAGACAAAAGAAGACGUUACUGGAGUCACUGCUACUCCAAGAGAAAAUAGAUGAACAUCUUCACACGAAAGACGUUCUCACUCGUAUUAGAGAAGCACAUCAGGGCCUUCCCAGGCUCUCAGAUGACCCAAAAAUAAUCUGGAGAAGACUGAAUGAGAAAAGUCAGAUCGGAUGUUGUGGUAUUGAAAGGUCAGAUACAAAGCAGAAGCUGUAGCUAGAUGGGAACAGCACUUGUCAUUCAUCUUUGCAACUUCUCAAGCCACUUACUUUAACCAAACAGGGCAUGAAGAUCAUUACCAACAAUGAAUAAUAGGGGUAGAUGUUCUUGUUGUGCAUUUGGGUAAUUACUGUCAUUUUUACAAGCCCUUUGGAAACUAAGAUAUUAAUACGCUUCUUUCUCAGAUUUAAGGACUAAGAACUUUGCAACUAGUACAUUUUUCAGAUUAUGGAAAACCAUAUUGGAGUAGUUGCAAAACUUUUACAUCAAUGCAGGAGAGAGAUGCUAAUAUUUUGAAGUAGAAUGGUGAUAGCACACAGAGAAAGAAGUACACAGAUGCUAAGAGUUACUUAAGAAGCAAUAAUUGACUAUUUGGUUAUGAAAUGGCCAUGGGGAUUUAAUAAAAGGUAAAUGGUAAAAAUGUCACUAAGAUUUUAAUUUGUGUGCUUGAGUGAAUGAUACUUAAUUUCACUAAGAUGGAAACUCUGGAGAAGGGCCAUGUUUCAUAGAAAUGAUCAAGAAUGAUUAUUUGGACAUGGGCAGUUUGAGGUUUAUCUGAGACACUAAUUGAUGAGCGUUUGGAGAAACACUUGGUUAUUUGUACUUGUAGUCUAGACGAAACAUCUAGAGAUUUGAAAUAAAGGGGGCGGGUGGGGAAAUCAUUGCCAUAUAGAUGGAAAUUGAAGUAACAGAUGUCAUAAGCUCUUCUGGAAGAGAGUAGAGUGAGGAUGGGAGCAGGAUUGGAACCAACCCCUGAGAAAGGUCAACAGUUACUGACUGAGUAGAGGACAAUAAGCCCAUGUAAAUGGUUGAGAAAAUAUUGUCACAAGAGAAUAAAGAAAAUCAGGAAUUUAUAGUGUCAAGGAAAGAGUACUUCAAGAAGGAUGGCUUUUCUGAGCAUGAGUAAGCAUGCCAGUGCAAGAUGAUUUAGUCACCUGUUUGGCAUUGUUGACCUUAGCAAUAGCCACAGAGAACUUAGAAAAAUUGUUCAGACAAAGUAGGUUGAGGAAUAAAUGUAAGAUAAAGAAGUAAAGAAGGUGAAUAUAUACUACUUGAGAAGUUUAGAGGGAAAGAGGGAUGAUGUUGGAGGCAGAUGUAGAAUUGAGGGAAGAAUGCUUGGAAAAACUACCUAAAAAGCUAUUUUAGUUAUGAGGAUUUCUUGAAAAUUCUGUGUUCACUCUAAUUUCCAUUCUCAGGAAGCAGUAUUCUCUGGGGAAUACUAUGAUAUUUUGAAAAUACAUUUAUGGGACUAAAAUAUUAGCAUUCUGAGAAAUCAUAUUUCUUAUUUAUUUUCCCUAUGAAUAUAUAAAGUCCUAAUGUCAUUACUUGGAGUUCAU